AAUAAACUGAAACUUUGUCAGAGCUACAACAGAGGUGCAGUCGAGACAAGAAAAAUUAAAGUGAGUUCAUCACGUCUUUCUUAGACACACAGUGAAGACUUCCAGACGCUGUGUGAAGAUAUGGCUGCUGCAAACCUACUGUCUGAAGAUCAGUUUCUGUGCUCCAUCUGUCUGGAUGUGUUCACUGAUCCCGUCAGAACACCAUGUGGACACAACGUCUGCAAAAACUGCAUAGACAAACACUGGAAAAUGAAUUUCCCCAUGCCUUGUCCUAUGUGUAAAGCAGUUUUCUACGGAAGACCACAGUUGCGGGUCAAUACUUUCAUCUCUGAGAUGGUUGCUCAGUUCAGACACAAAGCUCAACAGAAAGCCGGCAGCGGCAGCGGCAGCGGCAGCGGCAGCUCAGAGCAACAAGUUGCCAAACCAGCAGAUGUUCCCUGUGACGUCUGCACUGGAACCAAACUGAAGGCCCUGAAGUCCUGCCUGGUGUGUCUGACCUCCUACUGUGAGACUCACCUGGAGCCUCAUCUGACUCUGUCAGGCCUGAAAAGACAUCAGCUGAUCCACCCCGUGGAGAACCUGGAAGACAGGAUGUGUACGAAGCACGAUAAACCUCUGGAGCUGUUCUGUAAGACCGACCAGAUGUGUGUCUGCUUGAUGUGCUCUGUUUUAGAUCACAAGACACAUGAGUUUGUUCCUCUGAAAGAAGAAUAUGAAGGAAAGAAGGCAGCGCUGGGGAAGACUGAGGCUGAAAUUCAGCAGAUGAUCCGGAAGAGACGACUGAAGAUCCAGGAGAUCAAACACUCAGUGAAGAUCAGUAAAGAUGAUGCAGACAGAGAGAAAGCAGAAGGUGUUCAGGUCUUCACUGCUCUGAAGGAGUCUGUUGACAGAGGCCUGAACGAGCUCAUGAAGGAGAUCGAAGAGAAACAGAAAACGACAGAGAAACAGGCUGAAGUUUUCAUCAGAGAUCUGGAACAGGAAAUCUCUGUGCUGACGAAGAGAAGCACUGAGGUGGAGCAGCUCUCACGCUCUGAAGACCACCUCCACCUCCUCCAACACUUCCCAUCCCUGAAAGCUGCUCCACCCACCAAGGACUGGACAGAGGUCAGAGUCCGUCUACCGUCACAUCGGGGGACUGUGGUGAGAACUGUGGCUCAGCUGGAGAAGACGCUCGGUAAAGAGACGAAGAAGCUGUUUGAGGAUGAGCUGAAGAGGGUCCAGCAGUAUGCAGUGGAUGUGACUCUUGAUCCUGAUACAGCACAUCCUGGUCUCAUCCUUUCUGAUGAUGGGAAAGAAGUAAAUGACGGUGACGUGGAGAAAAAUCUCCCAGACACCCCAGAAAGAUUUUCUUCUCUCUGUGUCUUAGGAAAGCAGAGUUUCUCUUCAGCCAGGUUUUACUACGAGGUUCAGGUUAAAGGAAAGACUGCCUGGACUUUAGGAGUGUCCAGAGAGUCGAUCAACAAGAAGGGAGACAUCACACUGAGCCCUGAGGAUGGAUACUGGACUAUAUGGUUGAGAAAUGGUAAUGAGUACGAAGCUAAUACUGACUAUCUAGACUGUCUCUCUCUGAAGUCUCGGCCUGAGAAGGUGGGGGUGUUUGUGGAUUAUGAGGAAGGCCUGGUCUCCUUUUAUGACGUAGAUACUGCAGCUCUCAUGUACUCCUUUACUGGCUGCUCCUUCACUGAGAGACUCUACCCAUUCUUCAGCCCUGGUCUGAAUCGUGGUGGUAAAAACUCUGUCCCCCUGGUCGUCUCUCCCGUCAAUCAAACUGAGUAG